AUGUCCUUCAAGGCCGUCAUUUUAGUGGGAGGUCCUCAGAAAGGUGAGGCUCUUCCCUCAUUCCGAUAAAGUCCUUCUUUGCUUCCGCCAUGAUAUUAGCAGCUGGUGCUUUACUGUCUCUUUACGCAUUUUUCCUCGUACUCCCAGUUUUGAUCAUGGCUUAUGCGGCCCAGCAGAGCCCCUUGAGGUUUUAGAUCAACGGAAAAGGUUAUAUCAAUUUUCUUUUUCAUUUUCUGGUGUUAUUAUUCCUCAACGUGAUUGUUCAGGUACACGUUUCCGUCCUCUUUCGUUGCAACUACCAAAACCUCUUUUUCCUAUUGCCGGAGUGCCGCUUAUCGAGCACCACAUUGACCAAUUAUCUCAGGUUAGUUCCAUCGCGAGAAAAGAAGUUCCAUCCGUUUGUAGGGUUUUUUUCCUUAACGAAGAUUUUACAGCUUUCUGGGCUCUCUGAAAUACUUCUGCUCGGUUUCUACUCACCCGACCUGUUCACCGAUUUCAUCGAUCGCUGUCAAAAGACUUAUCGAAUCAGUAUAAAGUACCUGAAAGAAACCAAGCCUCUCGGUAUUUUUCAUCUCGUCUUCAUCAAAAAUGUCCGGUUUCAAGGUACGGCUGGAGGUCUUCUCGCAUUUCGCGGAACAAUUAUCGCUGGCCUUCCCGAAGCGAUUUUUGUGAUUAACGCGGAUGUUUGUGGCGACCUUCCCGUCGAGGAAAUGGUUUGAUGUUUAGUUUAUAGAGAAAAAUUUGACUUUCCUUCCUAUUGGUUCCUAAAGUAGAAUCGAAUUCUACUCGAAAUGGGAACUUUUUCUGAAAAUUGCUCACAAUGUACCUUGGGGAGACUCUCACCUGUACAACUACUUAUUUUUCAAGAAAGCACUUUAGAAAUAUUAAGAAAACCAUUUACAUCAACAAUUUUUGAGAUUGUGGGGUUUUCCGAAAAUCAGAGGGUUUUAGAGGUUGAGACUUUCACGAUCUUUAUCCGUUUUGCCAAGAGUAACGUGAUCAGAGUGUAAGGAAUGAUUUUCGGUUGACCUAAAAUUUGGAGAGAAAACUAAUAGCGCCUAACCUUUUUUCUAUACAAGUUUGUUGCGUAAAUUUGAUAAGUACUUUAAAGAAACUUGCAUCAUUUUGAUUGGAAUUGUGACUUUGAGGUGGAUCAGCUGCCGCGUUUCCCUGACCUAUCUUGCCUCAUGCUCACAACUGAGGCGACUCGUCAACAAUCUAUCAAUUUCGGUUCAGUAAGUCUUCACUUUUUUUUUUGUUUUCUUCGUUAUCAAAGUUUUCCUGAGAAAAUAAUUUCUGCUGGACGGUUUUUUGAUUAGGGCAACCAAACACUGUUUCAGAAAAAAAAUGAGAUGUAUGAUAGUCAUGUAUUAUUAACCGGUGCAUUGACAAGAACGAGUUUUCCGUUUUUCGAUAAAUGGACAGUUAAUUGAAGAUCAUCGGCGCACCAAAGUUGCUCCAAAACAGUGCUAACUUUCGUUUUAGAGCAAUUUUUUUGCGUUUCGGAACAAUUUUCGUUUUUUUUCCGAUGAACUCACUGAUAAUUUUUAAAUACAUCUCCAAAAUGCAAAACAUGGAUCAAUUUUUCAGGUAGUUAUUGGCGAGGAUCACAAAGUUGUGCACUACGUUAACAAGCCGACGACGUUCGUGUCCACCAGCAUUUCGUGUGGCGCUUAUCUCAUGAAAACCCACGUUCUCAAGGUUAUCAACCACUUUGAAUAGAAUAUUUUGAAGCGAGUUUUAAAGUAGAAAGAUGUUUCUCGAAUGAUACAAUUGAUAAUUCACCCAAAAAAUAUGGAAAAAGGAUGUGGAGUUUUUUUUUAAAUUUUCUUUCGGGCGUUGGCUAUUUGCUCGGAAAGUUUUUAUAUCUGUAUUUUCACUGUGUUUCUGGUGUUGAAAAGUGUCAAAAAACUCGAAAAAAAAUUCUGAACCAUUUUCUACGAAUAAAAGGCCCUCAUACGGAAGCCUUUUUUUUUAAAGAUCUUUUUAUGAUACUACUCUACACCAAAAACACAAUUAACAACCCAAAGACCCAAUGAAAAAAAUAUGUCAUCACUUUUUUGCGCCCGAGAUUUUUUGAAAAAGUUUUUAGGACGAGGGUAAAACUGCGUUGUCCCUGUUAAAUAUAUUAUAUUCGUGUACUCCUUGAGCUAAAUCAUAUAAAAUUGAUUAUUUGUUGUUUUAGUCAGUAUUCAACCGACUAGGCGAUGAACAAAAACUUUUGAAGUUAUAUUGAAAAACCGCUUUUGGCGAACUAGAAGUCCGAACGUGUAGUUGAUCAACUUGAAAUCACGGUCGUCCGGAUCUUCGCCUUGUUAUUAUGCGCGUAUUCCAUCCAGUUGCGCCUUGACGAGCUCAGAAUGUAGUGGAUGUUGUGCUGGAGCCCGGAGACCUUGCUCUAGGUGGAAGCCGCGAAGUAAGAGCGUUCACUUCGAGUGAAGAUUUUACACGAAAUGAAGAUGUGAUAAAUAUAAAAGACGUUUUGAACUGUGGUUCAGGUACAGUAGUUUAUCGGAAAAGUUAAAAUCGAAUAUUUCCAGUACAGAUAUUUUGAAAUCACAUCUCUUGCCCUGGAUCGAUAGAUAUUUAUGUUUGCAGGACUUGGAGUUUGACGACAGCGAGACGAUGUGGCUGGAGACGGACGUCCUUCCAGAGCUGGCGGCCAGUGGAAAAGUCUACGCGUGGCACACUAACCGCUGGUGGAGCCAGACCAAGACCGCCGCGUUGGUUUCACCAGUGGAAGUCCGGCAAAGCUGUUUUCAGAGCUGUCCUUUACGCCAACCGCCACUAUCUUCGCCUCUUCAAAAAGCGCUACGCCGCCAGACUGUGUAAGGAUCGAGCUCAGAUUGUCGGCGACGUCUUCAUCGAUCCCAGUGCGCAGGCAUGUUCCAUUUCUCUUGUUGCUUUUUUGGUAAAAGGUGUAUUCGGCAUCGAUUUUUUACUGAGUAUUCCUCAGCUUGUAAGCAAUAAAAUUGAUAAAUCAAAGUACUAGAAAAAAAUAGGUAAAUAUUAUUGAAAUUCUUCAGUUUGCAAGUUUCGAAUAUUGGAAAAAAGAUCUAUCGGAGAUAGGAUUUUGAAUUUCACCAAACCGAAAUUAAAACUCUGGCUAAAUUUGCAAUUCCGGUAGCAUUUUAAUGGUAUCCGAGUGUGGGUUCUUGAGGGUUCCAUAUGGAAAGAGGACCCUCUAAGCAAAAUAAAAAUCACUACUUUAAGUUUUAGAAGUUUUGAGUGACAAUAUUGAUACAAAAUAGGGAAAGCCGAUACUUUGAGACUUCUAUGGGUUCUUGAGGGUACCAAAAGGAUCUAUAUAAAAGACGACCCUUUGAACAUGCUAAAAAAUCUUCACUUUACCAUAUUAGGAAAAACCAGAAAAUUAGGCUCUGUACCAUUUUGUUUGGCACUCGCCGAUCGGCACUUUGAAUUAAUCUUAAUUUUCAUGAUGAAAUUUGAAGUUCAGUUUCUUUCAUGUUCUCAUUAGUGAUUGUUGCCUUUAGGUCGAACCCAGUGCGAAAAUUGGGCCGAACGUUAGCAUCGGACCCAACGCCGUGAUUGGGAGAGGGGUCAGAAUAAAGGUAAGUGCUCGAUUUGUCAAUAAGCUCUAUGAUUCUUGUGUCAAGUGAUUGACUUAUUUUCGAGUCAGAGGGUUAUUAUUUUGUUUUUUGAGGAGUCGAUAAUUCUGGCGGACGCCGUGAUCGAGGAGAAUGCCUGCGUUUUGCAUUCGGUGGUCGGGUGGAGGUCGGUCGUCGGCAAAUGGUCCCGCAUCGAAGGAAUUCCUCUCGAGCCAAAUCCCAACCUUCCUUUCGCCAAGGUGUGUCUUCUUCUUUCCUUCAUUUCGGAAAAUAGAAGAGAAAGUUAUUUUUUGUUAGGCGGAAGCUUCAUGGAAAAAAAAAAAUGAAUGUAUCAAUAAAUUUAAAAAUUGAUGUAAAACUGAAUUCUCUCGUCUCUUCACAGAAAUAUGUCUUCAUAAAGACGAAAAACUUUUGACCUUCAAAUAAGAUCAGAAAUGGAUCACAACGAAACAUAGAAUACAAAAAAAUUACCCCCGCCCCCCUUUUUAGUCUCGUCCAAAUUUUUCCAAUUAUCUUUCUUUUCUUUUUUUUUGCUUUUGUUUCCCUUUCAUUUCUCCUUAAUUAUGUUUUUAACUUCACGGAAGAUAAAUGUCAAGUCUAACGCGAGAGAACUGCGAGGUCGGUUGCGGUAUAUUGACGAACUCGCAAAAAUUUCGCUUUUUUCCAGACGCGAGCUCGCAUUUAUCUCGCUUUUCUCACAAACUCGAAAAAAGUUUUAAAAUUUUCAAAAUGCGAGGUUGCGCCUAGAGAAAGGGAAAUGUUUGCGAGUUCGUCCGCCAUCGACCUCUCGUCUAUCUCGGCAGUUAUUCUUAGUGUAUUCGCAACUUAGGUAACUCGAAAAUUCGAAUUUCUCCUUUUGGACCUGAGCAAAAAGGGAGAAUCAUUCCAUCCAGUUGCGUCCUGACGAACUCAGAAUGUAGCGGAUCUUGUGCUGGAGCCCGGAGACCGUGCUUUAGGUGAAAGCCUCGGAAUGAGAGCGACCACUUCGAGUGAAGAUUUUACGCGGAAUCUUCAAACAACAUUCAUAAAAGUUUUACAGGAAUCACUUCUACUAAAAAAAAGCAUGAAAUGAGUUUUCAUCUUUGUUUUAUCUUGUUGAAGGAAAAAUAGGUCCAGAUUGAAAUUUUGAUGGAAAAAUUAUGCUUCAAUUGAAAGAAGAUUUCAGAUGGAGAACAAGCCGCUGUUCAUGGACGACGGCCGCUUGACACCGUCGCUCACUAUCCUCGGUUCUGACGUCACGGUGGCCCCGGAAACGGUCAUUUUGAAUUGUGUCGUUUUGCCAUAUAAAGAACUCACUUGCAGUUAUAAAAAUCAGAUUAUUCUCUAGGUAAAAAUUCUCACUUUUUCCUUUUCUUGUCGACUAUCAACUUUUUUCAUAAUUGUGGAGUUAAUCUUGUUUACUUGUCAUUGAAUAUACUGUGAUUCCUCUUUACGGCUUUCUGUGGUUUUUCGUGAAAUUUGGGUUUUCGGGGAAACUUUUAUGAAUAAAACUUAGUAAACGUUGAAGUGAUUUGAUUUACCGAGUUUUUGGAAGUUUUUUUGUUGGUUUCGAGAUCUUCUGAGUACGAGAGAAAAUGCACAGACGAACACCAGAUGCGCAGCGGGUCGGUGGAAACAAAAAGGCGUACGACUGCGCAAGGAGCUUUCGUGCCGGCCGACGCGUCUGGUCCAAUCACCUAUUGA